CGACUUUUAAGAAUUGAUAACACUUUUCAGAGCAGCGGUUCAGCGUGUGUCUUAAAAUAUUUAUUUCCAAAAUUAAAAUUCGUGACUUUCAAAAUUAUUCUAUUAAUUAACUAUAAAACGCAACAACAGUAUAAAGUAAUCGUUGCAAUGUUUACUAACCUCUUCGAGGAAUAGCAGAAGGUCAAUAAUUUUCAUAUUUUCACAACAAGAAAAAUACAAAGGUUAUCUCCACUUAUGUUAAGUAGAAACAAAAGACACCAUUAGUAUAAAAACAAUAUAUAAUUAUUGUUAUUUGAAAAUUGAAUUAGAUACGGUGCAAACAUGCUGAAAUUUACGAUUCUAAUUGGUGCUUUACUGGCUAUUGGAACAGCACAUCCAUAUGGCGCUGGAGGCAAAGGAGGCUAUGGAGGUAACAGCGUAGGAGGAGGAGGAGAAAGCAGUCACGGUUAUGGAGGUUCUGCUGGACUACAUGGAAGCGGAGGUGCUGGAGGUGGACAAGGAUUUGGAGGUGGUCAUGGAUCAGUAGGUGGAUCUGGACAUGGUAAUGGCUUUGAUAGUGGUUUUGAUGGUAGCCAUGGAGCAGGUGGCUUAGGUGGAUCUGGCCAUGGAGGUGGAUUAGGUGGAUCUGGACAUGGAAGCGGUUUUGACAGUGGUUUCGAUGGUAGCCACGGAGCAGGUGGUUCAGGUGGAUCUGGACAUGGAGGCGAUUUUGACAGUGGUUUCGAUGGUAGCCACGGAGCAGGUGGUUUAGGUGGAUCUGGACAUGGAAGCGGGUUUAAAACCGGAGGUGGCCAUGGAGGAAGCACGUCAGGAAAACUCACGAAUGGAGGCAGUUUUGAUGGUGGUCACGGAGGUGGUGGAGCAGGCGGAUCUGGGUAUGGGGGCGGUUAUGAUAGUGGUUUUGAUCGUGGCCACGGAUCAGGUGGAUUUGGAGGAUCUGGGCAAGGUGGUGGUUAUGGAACCGGCGGUUCAGCUGGAGGUAUUCAUGGAGGAGGUUUAGAUGGAGGUCAUAGUGGUGGAUAUGGAGGUUCUUCACAUAAAGGCUCAGGAGGAUAUGGUGGAGCUCAUAGUGGUGGUUACCAAACUCACGGGUAUUAAUAGGAAUCAUGAUAAAAUAUUUUUUCUAUAAUACAUAAUUUUUACUUAAUUUUUAUUAUUUGUACUUAAAUUUAAAAGGAACAUAUUCAUCAAAUAUAAAAGAAAUAAAUAUUCUUUCUCUGCUUUCAUCAAAUAUUAAUAAAACAUUUUAAAUAUAAUAGUUUGUAUGAUUAUCCAUUAAUUAUGUUCCUAAAAACAAGAACGAUCUGAAUUAUUGCACUACACAGCGACACUAUCAACAUUUAAUACAAAAAAAGAGAAACUUAAAAAGAGUGGCAGGGAGUGAGAAAUGAAGACGUAGUAAAUGGAUUUACACAACAGCUACGAAGAGAGGUGCAAAAAUCCAAAAAUGAGUCAAUCAACGAAUACGUGAGAGAGAAAACAUAUGAGAAAAUCAUUGAUUACUUAUUAUGGGAAGGUGUCUAGAAAAUAACUAAGGUAUAGUAGGUGUGGGUGCCUAUAUUAUUAU